UCCCGACACAGGGGGAACAGACUUCCUCAAGACCUGAAAAGGAGUGGGACGCUUCAAGUGUCGGGUUGUUCACAUCUCAGCAAACUUCACCUGGAACAGGAUACAAACGCCGAGGACUGACAGCCUGACACAACUCACCCAUUAUAGAACAACGUUAUCCUGCUAUCUUAUUUCCCCUUUAAUAUUUCUAGUUUUAAGUAAUCUCACCAUGUCUGACCAGGCAGUCCAAAGAGAUCAUGAAAUUGCCUACAUGUCUUUAAUGCAAGGUCUAAAACAGCUGGACUUCCGUGGCCCCAGUGUACCCAGCGACCUGGUUCUGAUCGGAGACCAUUCCUUUCCUUUAGCCAUGAACAGCCAAGGCCAGGUUCUGAUGGCUGCCUCUCUGUACGGCAGUGGGAGAAUUGUUGUCCUCGGUCAUGAGUACUACCUGACUUUAUUUCCUGCUCUGGUGGAGAACGCCCUGAAGUGGCUGAGAGGAGAUGGAUCAGACAACCCUUCUGUAGCCGUGCACAGAAACGUCCAGGCCGUGGCUGACAACCUCAGCAGGUCCAGCUUCCAAACAGAAGUGGUGGGAUCCUUUAGUAACGACCUGAAAGCUGCUGUGUAUGUGACAGAUGCAUACAGCGUGGGCGCUGACCCGAAGGACCUGGUGGCGUUUCUGAAAGCAGGAGGGGGAGUGCUGAUGGCGGGUCAGGCGUGGAGCUGGGCUGCAGAUCACCCAAAGGAGAACACCUUGUUGAAUUUUGAUGGGAACAAGGUGUCUGGUGUUGCAGGGGUCUACAUCUCUGAUCGUGUCGCUGAAGUGGAAAACCUUCCUGUGUACCCGCAGAUCCCAUCAUCCUAUAUGGCUAUAGUGACUGGUAAGGAUUUUGAGGAUGACUUGCAGUUUUUACUCCAGGGGGUAUCAGAGUUUAACCUCCCAGAUGGACUAACUGCCUCUGAGGUUCUGGUCCAUGGCCCACUUGCCUUCCCAAUCGGUACAACAGGCAGUGGACAGGCGUUCCUGGCUGGAGCCUACUAUGGCCAGGGCCGGGUCAUCGUGGCGACACAUGAAGGACUUCUGUGGAACGAGAACCUUGCUCAGUUUUGGAACAAUGCCAUUCACUGGCUGGACGAAGGCCGCAGGGGGGUCAUUGGUGUAGCACCGGACAAUGCCCUCAACAUGCUGUCCAGAUCGGGUCUGCAGUGUGAGACAACAGGCUUCAAACCAGACCUGAGUGUGUUUGUGUGCACAGCGUACAGCGAUGACCGUCUGGAAGAAAUCCAAAACUUUGUAGCCGAGGGCGGAGGCCUUCUGAUGGGUGGACAUGCCUGGUACUGGGCACAGACCCAUCUUGGGCAAAACCCACUAACAGAGUUCUCAGGGAACAAAAUCCUGAACAAAAUGGGUUUGAGCCUGUUGGGGGCAACGCUUUCCGGAGGUGUAUACAAGGCUCCUGUUCCCAGCCAGGCUAUGAAAAACACCUACCACUUCCGUCACCUUCUACAUCGCUUUGCCAGACAUGUAACUGUGGGUGAAGAACUCAGCAAACAUGAGGAAGAACAUCUCAAGAAGCUGGGUACCGACUGUGCCACCUACUUGAACAUGAAAGCUCAUAACUGCAGCUCCUACACACAAGUAGUGGCCACACUCACAGAUGUCUUAAAGAAGUCAGGUCUGCCACAGGUUAGUGACUCCUGUCCCAUCACAAGUCCAAAAGACCACCUUCUUCUCAGCGUGGGGACAGAGGUUUAUAAGGUUUGCCCAGAUCCAGAUGCCCUUCUGCCCCACCUCAUCCAGGAUAACCCACUGCUGCCAGUUGUCUACAACCACAAAAUCAAGAUCGAUGUUAACACAGGAGGUGGGGAGGAGUGGAUCAGUACAGGUCUCUAUCUCUCUCCUGGUAUGAAGACCUACAUCUCCAUGCCUGCAGAGAUUGUCAGUAAUGGAUGGCAGAUUCAAAUUGGCUGUCAAACAGAUCGACUCCACGCUGAAGAGCUGAAGAGACCUCCACGUGUUCAUGAGCGAUUUCCUGUUACCUCAGAGAUGAUCCAGGUGUGGAACUUGUGGGGAGGACUCAUCUACCUGGUGGCUCCACCCCAAACACAGGUGCAAGGAGUGGAGGCCACUGUGCAGAUGGCUGUUCCUGCGCCCUAUUAUAAAUCAGGUGUGACAACUGAAGCUGAUUGGUUGUUGCUGCGUACAGCUCCUUCACCCUGGGCAGAGUUAGAGUUUGACAACAUCAUCCUCACUGUACCAUCGGAUGCUGUAAGAAACCUAGAGCGUCCUGAUGAGGUGGCGUCCCUGUGGAAUGACAUCAUGAGGGCCAUUGCUGACCUGGCUGCCAUACCACACAAGUUUCCUCGGAAAGAGCGAUUUGUAACGGAGGUGCAGAUUUCACAUGGUUGGAUGCAUGCAGGUUAUCCCGUCAUGGCUCAUCAGUCUUGUGCAUCUGAGCUGCUCAACGUUGAAAAUGCAAGAACUAACGGCAUUUGGGGCCCCGUCCAUGAGCUCGGACACAACCAGCAGAGAGGCUGCUGGGAGUUCCCGUCACACACUACAGAGUGCACAUGCAACCUGUGGUCAGUGUACGUGCAUGAGGAGGUGCUGGGCAUCAACAGGGCAAAGGCUCAUCCAGCUAUAACUGCAGAAGAACGAAGCGCUCGAGCAAAGAACUACGUGGCAGGGGGCAGACAGCUGAGUGGCUGGGACAUGUGGGUGGCUCUGGAGACUUAUUUGCAGCUCCAGGAAAGGUUUGGUUGGGAUGCCUUUAAGAAGGUGUUUGCUGCCUACCACAGUAUGAGCAACUUUCCUGGAGACAACAAAGGAAAGAUGAAUCUGUACGCUGAGACUUUCUCUCAGACUGUGGGCUUGAAUCUGACUGGAUUCUUCAAAGCCUGGGGAUGGCCCAUUGAGGCAGCUACUGAGGAGAAACUGUCCAGCCUGCCUCCCUGGUCUGAUCACCCCAUGGUCCAGUAUGGCUGAGCAUCAAUCAGCUAUGGAUUAAGGAGCAUCUGUUACCAGUUUCAUUGGAUGGGUUAUGCAUAUUUUUGGAAAUUUAGUGAAGUUCUCUUGUUGCUUGUUUCUGCCCUUUGACAAUGAUUUUCUUUUGAAAGAUUAUAAUAAAUAACAAUUGCUCUAUUAUAAAGUAUUUCAAAUUAAAAUGGUCUCUGUAA